AUAUUUUAUGUGGGAUCCGCGCGGGAUGGUGAUGGCUAAUCACCUUUAAAAUUAAUAUUUUCGUAUAGAUAGGCCUUAUUCCCUCAAAACAAGAAGGGUUACACCCGUUCCAUUGGUUCGUGGCGGCGGCCAGUUUCAGCGCCGCCGAGCCUGUGGGCCGAUAUGGCGCAGCGCGGCGCUGCCUGGCCCGUGCAGGGCUCCGAGGGGCAGCACGCCGCCUCCGACUCGGUGCUGGACCGGGCCCGGUUCAGAGCGCAGCAGAUGGCGCACAGAAGGAUGGCGGAGGACGGCGCGCACCCGCCCGGCAGGUCUCAGGAUCCCGGCUCCUCCCGUGGAUAUGAGGCGGCUCCACAGCGCGAGCGCGGACGAAAACCAGGUGGUCGUGACGGGGCCUUCGACAUCAUUUCGGAGCUGGACCUGAACUUUCUAGCAGAGGAAGAUAGCUAUGCAUCUGACCUCACUGCUGGCCUGACCAUCGUCGCCCGGAACGAGAAAACGCGCAGCGAAAGGCGCGACGAUGACCUACGUGACCUGACCUCUGGUCUUGACCUGCUACUGCCGCGGCGUCGCUCGCCCAGUCCAAACAAACGCAAGAUGCGCAAGUUUCUCAACGAUCUGGCCACACCGCGGAGCAGUCGCCGGAGUCGACGGUCGCCCACACCUCCCCGGAAGAAGUCGCAGCCGACGCCGCCGGCGCCGCGAGCUGAGGUACUACCCGCCAGUCUAUCGCGUAGCUCCGGAGCUCAGCCCGCCUGA